AUUGACGAAAACAUCGCAUCGCAGUUUGAAUCUCUCAAUUACCAACAGUAGUGAAGUGAAACAAAUCAAAGUGGUCUCAAAAGCUGCUACUCCUGCAACCCAUUCCGUACUAGUAGAAAGCUGUCAUCGAAAAGGAGCUCUGCUGCGGAUGCUGGUGAGAUAACAUUGAUCUAAAUCUUCUUGCCUCCCCUCUGCGAGUCAACACCGGUGGCAUUCGCGCCCUGGAUGGCUGGCCUUGGCACUCCGUUGUGACAUUUAUUUUGCAAGGAUACUGACCUAAAAACUAAACUACAAUGACCGACCCAGCUGCUCAAGACUAUCCGGUCCCGGACCUCACAAUUGUAGAUCCCUCAGCUGUGCGAAACGGACAGUGCGCUCCGGAUGGCAAUCUAUCCAAAAGACCGAGUCAAGCCGAUCCUUUUGGAAUGGACCGGGACCAAGAGAUGAAAAUCACCGACAGUGUUGAAGGUCAAGGUCUGUUGGAGAGCAGCAUGAGGCUGAAGCCCCACGAGGCCCAGAGCUACAGGAAGAAGGCCCUGUGGGUGUCCUGGGUCUCCAUCGUGGUCACCCUCAUCCUGGCAGUGGCAGCUUUCACUGUUUCAUUCAUGAGACACAGCGCGUCAGCCUUUGGAUUUGCCUUUGACGCCUCACUGGACGUGCUCUCAUCUAUAAUCGUGCUGUGGCGCUAUAGCAAUGCAGCUGCUGUGCAUUCCGCCCAUAGAGAAUACAUAGCAUGUGUGAUUCUUGGCGUGGUGUUCAUCCUCUCUUCCUUCUGCAUUCUGGGGAAGGCCAUUCAUGACCUGGCCACCAAACUACUUCCUGAAGUGGACGACUUCCUCUUCAGUGUGUCUAUCGUCAGUGGAAUUGUAUGUAUUAUCCUCGCAGGGCUCAAGUUCAUGCUGGGAAGAGUGCUGACCAGUAGAGCACUUAUUACUGAUGGUUUUAACUCCAUGGUGGGAGGCACCAUGGGCUUCUCCAUCCUGGUGAGCGCUGAGGUCUUCCGACACCACCCCAACAUCUGGUACCUAGAUGGCACCUUUGGAGUCCUCAUAGGACUGAUCAUCCUGGCCUACGGAGUCAAAUUGCUGGUGGACAUGGUUCCACGUUUCAGACAGACCAGGAACUACGAACGCUUCGAGUGAUUCACACGACAGAUGGGGAAGAUUGUCACCUGCACUCCUCACGUCACACUGUCCUCCUGUCUUGCACACACACACACAGACACACAGUACAGGAAACACACACUCAGAUACACAGAGUAC